UCAGCCUUGAGAAGGACUGGAGGGAGAGUGUUGCCACAGCCCCAUGUCUCAGCCAGGGCUUGCUUCCCCAGCUUUGCCCUGUGGAUGUGAUGGCUGCCACAGCUCUGUCCUGGAGUCUGUCCCUCCUCCUCAUCCUCCUGUCCCUGGCUACAUCUCGGGUGUGUGCAACAGAGAAAGACAAGUCCCAUCUCAAGUGCUUCUACAACUCGAGAGCCAAUGUCUCCUGUGUGUGGAGCUCGGAAGAAGCCGUGGAGGCCACGACUUGCCACAUCCACGCCCAGUCAGAUAGUCGGCCCUGGAACAAAACCUGUAAGCUGCGACCCGUGAGGCGGGCAUCCUGGGCCUGCGACCUGAUCCUCGGAUCCCUAGAUUCCCAGUCACUGACCUCGGCCGACUUCGUCAACAUGAGCGUGGUGUGCUGGGAAGGGGGGCGCUGGCACAUGGUGAAGACCCAGGGCUUUCGGCCCUUUGAGAACCUUCGCCUGAUGGCCCCCCACUCCCUGAAAGUCCUGCUUGUCGAGACCCAGACAUGCAACAUAAGCUGGCAGGUCUCCCAGGUCUCUCACUACAUCAUUCAAGACUUGGAAUUUGAAGUCCGAACUCAGUCUCCAGGCCGCAGCUGGGAGGACAUGCCCCUGCUGAGCCUCAAGCAGUGGCAGCAGUGGAUCUGCCUGGAGAAGCUCACCCCCGACACCUUGUAUGAGAUGCAGGUGCGGGUCAGGGCGCAGAGAGGUGACCACAGGACCUGGAGCCCCUGGAGCCAGCCCCUAGCAUUUCAGACAAGGCCAGCAGAUCCCAGGAAGGAGAUCCUGCCCAUAUCAUGGGUCAGACACCUCCUCCUGAGCCUUGGUUGCAUUUUUGGCUUCCUAGUUUGUGUCGGCGUCCUGACCAAAUGCCAGUACCUCGGGCCAUGGCUGAAGACAGUUCUCAAGUGCCAUGUCCCCGAUCCUUCUGAGUUCUUCUCCCAGCUGAGCUCCCAGCAUGGAGGAGACCUUCAGAAGUGGCUCUCCUCCCCAGUCCCCUCAUCCUCCUUCAGUCCCACUGGCCCCAUGCCUGAGAUCUCUCCCCUGGAGGUGCUGGACCAGGAUACCAAGGCCACGCAGCUGCUCCUGUUACAGCAAGACAAGGUACCUUCACCCUCACCCGGGGGCCAGUCGCAAGCCAGCUGCUUUACCAACCAGGGCUACUUCUUCUUCCACUUGCCUGAUGCCUUGGAGAUCGAGGCCUGCCAAGUGUACUUCACCUAUGACCCCUGUGCCGAGGAUGAGGAAGACAAUGGGUCUGAGCUGCCUUCAGGGUCUCCCCUCCCGUCCCUGCCGCCUCUGGCUGGGGAGGAUGAUGCCUAUUGCACUUUCCCUCCCGGGGAAGACCUACUUCUCUUCUCUCCCAUGCUUCUUGGCAGCCAGAGCACCACCAGUGCUGCCCUUGGGGGACGUUCUGCCCCUGAAGAGAGGCCGGCCCUUUCCCCGCAGGAGGGACCUCCUGCCCUAGCAGACCCUGAUUUGGUGGGCUUGCAGUGCCCUCUGGAGCUGGCGUUGCAAAGGGGUCAGGAGGGGGUUCUUAAUCAUAGCACUGGGGAGGGGGCCAUCGUCCCUGAGGCCAGCCUUUGCCAGCAAGGCCAGGACAGGGCUCUGACCUCUGGCCUGGCUCUGAACACUGAUGCCUACCUGUCCCUCCAAGAACUUCAAGCCCAGGACCCAGCCUACCUGGUGUAGAUGGAUGACCAGGGUUGGGACGAUUCCAGCCCAUCUCCUGAGCCCUACCCCAGCUCUAUGAAAUUCUGCCCAGGCCUCACCUGUUCUCUAGUGGUGCUAGAGUGGAUAGAGGGGGAAGAUGAACUAAAGGCAGGACUUGGGCUACGCAGGGAGGUGGUCACCUAUCCUGGGGAAGGAGUCUGUGAUGCAACUGUUUUGGGGUCACUCACAAUCCUGUAAGUAGUCCCGAUAGAUUUGCAGGUUCACCAAGCUGGACUUGUGUGGAAUUGUGUCCUGUCUGGAGGGAGUAGACAUUUGUUCAUGUCUCCCCAGAAAAAGCUCUUGUGUAACCCUCACAAGGGUCCCACCAGGUGGCCCGGAACACCCCCAACCCCGCCAUCCUGUGCCCCAUGUCUUUGCAUGCACUGUUCCCUAUGCCUCACCUAAGUAACCAAUGUAUUUGCCAGCUCCACUUCUCACCUGCCGCUUCUCCCAAGGGAGGCACUGCUUCCUUAAUGAGCUCGAACUUCUGGCUUCUGUGCUUGGAAGGAGCUCUUGGGCCACAGAAUUCUAGGGAAAGGUCCUGACCCUUCUCCUGUGUGCUGUCUCCUGGCUUCCCAAGGCCGGGCUCAAGUAUGGACACAAAUAUCUGCUGGGAGGGCUUGGGCUGCUGGAUCCUUCCACACAGAUUCAUGAGGGAGCCCACUGGGAUGUGAUGUGAACCCUAGGUCUCCUAGUGGUCUGUCCCAUGUUGUCAGGGAUGCCAUACCUGGGGGAUACUACCCUACCCUCAGAGGAGAGCCCUGUUCUCUGCAGCUCCUCCAGCACAGGGCUUUACUGUCUCUCACUGUGCUGGCACAGUGCCCAGUGCCCACACCUGGGUGAAUUACUGAAUAAACUGGUCCCCCUCCCCCGCCCCACCAUCCAGCUUCCUUGACCCUGGCCACAGCAGGAGUCUUAUCUCUACUGCCCUUCUCAUUGCUCUGUUCUGGGGUUGAUCACACCACGGUGAUCAGAGCCCAUCUGCUCAAGAGCGCAAAGCGCCAUCCUCAGCUCACUGAUGAUCCUGUAGCCGCAGUGCCUGCUUUUAUAGGUCUUGCUUCCCAUUGAUUGGGUGCCUGACUGGCAGUCUAUGAUGUAGCUGGACACAGAAGCUCUGUCCAAUUGCAGAGGCCAGGUCUGAUUAGCCAAUCAGGUUGUCUUUCAGUCUGGGGUCCUGGGAGCAAUUAUUUGGGGACAGUGCCCCUAGGGACAGCCAGAAAAGCUGAGCCAGUGCCUGCCUGCUAGGGGUAAGAACUCCUGUUUCCUUAUGUACAAAACCAACUUUCCUUUCUUAAGGUAGAAAGAGCUUAAUUAUUCCCCUGCCCCCCAGCCCUUCUGCCAUAGGAUGUGUCCUGGGCCAAGGACUCCUCAGUCCUGGCUAGUGGACCAGACCCAAGUUCUGCAUCCAUACUUUACUGUGUUCUGGGCAAACAAGUCUCUCUGAACUCACUUGCCUUAUAGGUCAUACAGAAACAGUGUUUACUUUUACUGUCUGAAGAGGUCUGGGGAAGGUUCCUUUAUUUGUAGUCCUCCCCAUUUCAAUGAUCUUUGUAUACAAUCUUUGUAAUUAUUUCCUGAGUAGUUUUUAAACCCAUUCACUUUAUUUUGUUUAAAUACAUUUAUUUAAGGCUUUUCUUUACAGUUAUGUGAAUGGAAAACUCAAUUUUAUGAUAAAUAAUAGGCCAUUGUAAAAAGAUAAGUACAGUAAAAUUAAAUAAUUUUUAAGUUUGGACUGAGGGUGGAGCU